CAAUAACAACAACACAGAGGUCAUAUACAUAGACAAAAAACACACGCACCUCUUCUCUCCUUCUCUCUCAUUUUUCACCUUCCUCUUUUUAUUAGAUUCCUCUCAAUGGUCUUUUCUCUUCUUCAUUGGAUUGUACAGAUUCCCAGCUGAAAAUACUCUUCCAUGUUCUGCUAGAUUUUUUUUUUCUUUUCUUUGCUGUGCUUGUUUCAUUUUUUUUUCCUCCUUCAACUGCAAGACAUGGUGUUGUGUAUAUUAUAGAACUCUUUCUGGGUUUCUUGGCUUUUACUUUCUUUUGCAAAACACUGUUUUCUGGGUUUGCUGCAAAAUAGCCUUAUAUACCCAAGAAGCACUCAUGUAUGCCUCAUAAGGCUUGAAUAUAAAGAACAAAUUUAUACAAAGUUUUGAUCUUUUCUACAACUGUUUUUUUUUUUUUAAAAAAAUUGAGUUUUAAUACUCUCUCUCUCUCUCUCUCUCUUGUAAAUUAUUUUCUUUGAAUUUUAAUUUUCUUGACUCAAGGAAAAAAGAGAGAGAUAUGGGCAAGCAAGGACCUUGCUGUCACUGCGGAGUUACAAGCACACCUCUUUGGCGCAAUGGGCCUCCUGAGAAGCCAGUUCUGUGCAAUGCAUGUGGAUCACGAUGGAGGACAAAGGGAACACUAGCAAACUACACCCCUCUCCAUGCCCGGGCUGGCCCUGAUGAUUAUGAUGAUCACAGGGUCUCUAGGUUGAAGAUUAUAUCUAUGAACAAGAACAGAGAAGUGAAACUGCUCAAAAGAAAGCCAAAUUAUGAUCAUAGGGUUACUGAAGGUGUUGCUCUGGAUUACAACGAAGGUUAUAGAAAGGUUGUAGAUGAAGACACUAGUAACAGGUCAAGUUCUGGGUCAGCCAUAUCCAACUCGGAGAGUUGUGCGCAAUAUGGUAGUGCAGAUGCAAGUGAUUUGACAGGUCCAGCCCAAUCGGUUGUGUGGGACUCCUUGGUACCUUCUAGGAAGAGGACCUGUGUCAAUCGGCCAAAGCCAUCUCCAGUUGAGAAGCUUACAAAAGAUUUAUAUACUAUUUUGCAUGAGCAGCAGUCGUCAUGCUUCUCUGGCUCUUCAGAAGAGGAUUUGCUUUUUGACAAUGAAACUCCAAUGGUUUCUGUUGAGAUAGGUCAUGGAAGUGUUCUCAUUAGACAUCCAAGCUCAAUAGCUCGAGAUGAGGAAUCCGAAGCUAGCUCCCUUUCUGUCGAGAACAAGCAAUACCCGACAAAUGAGGCCUAUUCCCAUCCUGUGAUCCUUCCUGUACAUAAUGAAAACCAGAGUGUCAAUAUGACAUAUCCUAUUACUGUAAAAACUAAGAACCUCAGCGGACAAGGGAUGCAGCAAGAGCAACUUAAUAGGGACAAGUCUCCACAUGAAAAAGUACACAUCCUGGGAAGUCAUAAUUCACCACUUUGCAGUGUUGAUUUGAAUGAUUUUCUUAACUUUGAGGAGUUUGCAAGACACUUGACAAAUGAAGAGCAGCAGCAAUUACUAAAAUAUCUACCUCCACUUGAUACCGCCAAACUUCCAAACAGCAUCAAAAGCAUGUUUGAUAGCCCACAAUUCAAGGAAAACAUAAAUUGCUAUCAGCAACUGCUUUCAGAAGGAGUCUUUGAUCUCUCCUUCUUAGAAGCAAAAACUGAGGACUGUAAGACUUUGAAAAGGCUUACACUGUCCAAUUUGUCGAAGUCCAAAUGGGUGGAGCAUUAUCAUCUACUCAAGAAGUGUAAAAAUAGCACUGGGAAGUCUCUUGUUGGAAAGGGACCAAAUCCAAAUGUUGUUGCAUCGAGUAAUUUAAUUGGUGCCAAAAGAUCACGUGAUAACCUAAGUCAGAAGUUUUCAGAAGCAAAGUCAAUGAAGAGCCCCAAGAGGAUUGUCAUGAAGGCUACCUAUGAGAUCAAAGAACUCAUAGACAAUGAUGGUUCUUGCUUUAGUCCAAGAAGCCUAUUUGCCCUGCCUCCUGAUGGUAGCUCCCUCAUGCUGGAUUCUCUCCAUUUUGUGGAUGAAAGUUCUGAUCAGGACCUGCUGCUGGACAUCCCAUCCAAUGGUUCAUUUGCACAGGCAGAGCUCCUUUACCCAACUAAUAAUAGUUUCGGCCAACAGGCUAGCACUAGUAGUAGCUCGAUAUAUCCGCACCUAGGCUGCCCCUAACAAUGUUAUAUUGAUACUUUUAAUCACUAGGGCCAGAUAGAUGCACCUUCUGCUGAAUCAGGUGACUAGGUUAAACAUGUUUUGCAUGCCAAAAUCAGCAAGUCUGUGAAUGAGGUUUGAUGGUUGCUGUUUUUUCCCUUGAUUAUUUUGAACUUGGUAUGCUAAGAGAUCGACUCCUGGUGGGUUUUUGUAUAGGUUGACAACAGAUUGUAAUAUAUGGCUAAAAAAUGCAUAGCAGCUGGUGAUUUCAAGA